GACAAUCGUAUAUUUAAGUCAUUCCCAAGCGAGUUGUCGGUUCAGAAAUGAAAAAGGGGAGAUCCAACGGCUGGACAAACCAAACGAACCGGUAUAGCCACCGAAGUAAUUCCGAUAUGCAUCCUUUUCGGAUGGCCACGUGCAGAAAUCUUGGCGGAAAUUCUGCGUUGUCAUACCGAGUAUCUUGAUCUUCAUCACCCUUGUUGUAUCGAUAAGAAAUUCACCGCCACUUUUGAUUCUAGAGACUGCGAUGAUUAUUUAACGGGCUUAAAAUGUAUCUAUGGAGAGAUGCAUAUGAAGGAAUGCCAACUCACAGCUCCGAUCCAAUGAUGUUUGUGGAUUCAUGAAGGCGGCCAUGAAAUAUGCCAUCUACGGAGUAAAGACGAAAGCCUCGCGGCUCAACUGGGGCGCAGGUGAGUAUUCCACGAUGCUGAGUGGCAAGGGCUGGGUCUUCAUUUUUGUCGGUCCAGCCAUUUCUCUUUCUUUUCUUACAUUCUUUUACACAAUCACAUCCAACAGACCUUCCAAGAAAUGACAAGUAUGAGCACCGAAGAAUUGUUGAAGAGACUCGACGAUCAACAUCAAGCUUACCUCGAGACAUUCAAACUGGUUCACGAUGCCUUAAAUAACAGCCUUACAAAUACAAAUACAAAUUCUGCUAGUGUGGCACCGGCACCGGCACCGGCACCACAAAGUCCUGGUUCCAUCCGAACAUUCACAAAACGACGAAGAGUUUCUGCCAGAGAUGAUGGUGACAUUCCAGAAGUUCGUCCAUCAACACUUCACAGCUCUGUUCUAUCAGGAGACAGUGACGAUAGUGAUGACGAUGACGAUUUAUAUGUUCAAACUCCGCUCGCACCAUUCAAAUAUGACGAAGAACAAUUGCGACAACAUUUCAGAUCUUAUAAUUUCACAGAUGCUGGCCAUAUAAUUCUGGAAACCGUAAUCACCAAAAAUGGACGACUUCUAGAUCCUGUUUUGUUUCCAGAUUAUCACAGAGCUGAUCGGUCUCAUAAUUCCCAUUAUUCCGUGUUUGAUGUUGGAAAAGAUGGUGCUCCUUUAUCUAGAAGAGAUGUAGUGAAACCGGGUACUACUAAAAUUGAUUCUGCUAUAUGGCAAGCGGUUAAAUGUAGGAUUUAAAUAGCGAUCCCGAAUCGCUCCGGCCGGUUGUUGGUAGGAUAACGAUUGUUCGAGAACCAUCUCCUGUCGUGCUUGGUGCCUUACAUCUCACAUUAAAUAAGACAUUUGACAUGGAUGAAUUGUUCAAUUAUUUAAUCUCCGAUGAAGUUACAUCUGCCAAUAUAAUGCGAAGACCUUUCUCCGCUGAUAGCCGACAACAGAAGUCAUUUGUUUUUAACUUUGAGUACUGGACAAUCGUUGGGGAAGAAUGUCAACCAAUGCCUUGGCAACUUUCUGAUCAAACCCCAAGUACUUCAAAGGAUCAUAUCCCUAUCUCGAGAUGUAAUUCUGUGGUAGCUCUAUCAUUAUCAGGUGAUCCUAUACGAAAGUUGAGAAAUCCUGCUCGACGCGCUAGAACAGACUAUGGAUAUGUUUAUGAUCCAUGGGCAGCAUGGCAUGUUCUCAAUGUACAAUGUUACCCAGACCAUCGUCAUACUAUGGAUGUUCAUGAUUCAACCAAACAUUAUGUGAACGGACCGGAAGCUUUUCUUCACACACUGCUCUCGGAAUUUAAAGAUGCAGAAAAGAGAUUCGAGGCAAUUUACAUGAAGAUCAGCAAGCUUGUGUCACCACCAGCAAAUUUCAUGUUCGAUGGUGAAAUUAGAGAUAAAUUACUCUUUGAAGAUGAGGAAUUUACCUACUCCCGUCGUUAUUUUUGGGCCUAUCAAACACUCGGUCUAAUGAAAAAUGGAAUCAAAGCCAUAAUGGAUAGUUACGAGGAUACCUUUACAGAUGAUGUCUGGGAGGGAAAACAUAAGACUCUAUGGCCGAUCCUAGAUCCAGACUCUCAUCGAAGUAAAUACUGGCAAAAACGCAUGCAAAAACUAAAACUAGAUUUCGAGAAGCAGAUGAAUAAUCUAUUCAAACUUUAUGAGGAAACCGACGAAAAGAUGAAAGAGAUUAGAACUUUGAGGGAUCAACUAUUCUCGGGUACGAGUGUUUUGGAAAGUAGAAAGAGUGUGGAGAUGGCAGCCGUGACUAUAUUACAGGGUCACAAUAUCAAAUUGUUGACUAUGGUGUCAAUAUUCUUCCUUCCUCUCACGUUUGUAACCUCGGUUUAUGGUAUGACGAAUAUGACCACUGAUCAUGAUUUCACUCCUUUCGCUGUAACGAUGGCGACUGUUUGUGUUCCUUUCUUCUUUUUAGUCGGAGCAUUAAAUACUACCAGUGGUAUGCAAUUUUGGAGAGUAAGAUGGUAUAGAUUUUUGGGAUGGUUUGGACAGCAAGGUAUUCACUCAACGUCAACACCAUCAUCUUCGGCGGUCACUAAAAAUUCAUCAUUGAUGGGAGAUCCCGCACAAUCGUAUCCCAGCACAAGUGCAAGUUCCAUAAAUAUCAACGAUAAACCUAAACCUCUUCCACAUUCAUAUUCAAUUACUACCGCUCAAUCUCUUGCAGCUAGAAAAGAGCUUACCUCGAAUACUCAACAUCAAUCUCCAAUAAAGUCACCCUUUUCUCCAUCAACCUCACCGUCUAGUAUGAAUCCGAUUCCAGAGCAUCCAUUAACAAUCCCAAUGACUUCUUAUACACCUGUAACAAGACCAAAAUAUAAUUCAACAUCUUCAAUCGAUACCAUCACAGCAAUAACGGGCCCGAGACCUAGUUUGACAAGAAGUGCGAGUUGGUGGGAUAUGGCUUUGAAAAAGGGGAAAAGGAAUGUUAGUUCUAGAGGAGAGGGAUUUGGUGGAGUGUAAAUUGAAGUGGAAUUUUGAGUAGCUGAAUCAACUUCGGUCUGCUUUGAUUUGGGCAGAAGUUGUCUAUUUUAUUUUACCCUGAAGUCAAAGGCUUUUAGUCUUGUUCGGAUUUUGUCUACUAGGAUUUCAGAGACUUGGGUUGCUCGACUAAGGAUAUUUUUUGAUUUCCUUGGACCAAACCAAUACUAUUCAGGUUGGUUUCUGAUGUGCUCUUUGAUGUUAUGAUAUCUCAGUUUAUUUCAAGUAGUAGCAUUGGAAGUUCAAUCAGUUUCUAUUAUUUACAUGAACUCGGUGUUUUAUUCGCCUCAUAUAGCGAUACAGAUAGUAAUCCGAUAAUGAUUCUUGAUUAUA